ACUUUUGUUUUGUUCCUCCCCACCCCCACCCCCCCAACAACUGAAGCACCAACCCGGAAAAAGGAAAUAAUGUCCGUAGUCGUCCACUAGCUCAAGUCAGUUUGAGGUCGAGUGGAAGUUAACCAUGGCGAUGACAAGCCAGACGUCCUGCUCCUCGAUGAGCAACCACACUAAGGAACGGGUCACCAUGGCCAAAGUGACGCUGGAGAAUUUUUAUAGCAACCUGAUUUCACAGCAUGAGGAAAGGGAAAUGAGGAAGCUGAAACUGGAAAAGGUCAUGGAUCAAGAGGGCCUAGCUGAUGAAGAGAAGCCUCUCCGGCGGUCUGAGCAUGCUAGGAAAGAGACAGAGUUUCUUCGUCUUAAACGAACACGGCUUGGAUUAGAGGACUUUGAGUCGCUCAAAGUGAUUGGCCGUGGAGCUUUCGGAGAGGUGCGGCUAGUUCAGAAGAAGGACACGGGACACGUUUAUGCCAUGAAAAUCUUGCGCAAGGCUGAUAUGCUUGAGAAAGAGCAGGUGGGUCAUAUUCGAGCAGAAAGGGACAUCCUUGUGGAGGCAGACAGUCUGUGGGUAGUCAAGAUGUUUUAUAGCUUUCAGGAUAAGAUGAACCUCUACCUCAUCAUGGAGUUUCUGCCUGGAGGUGAUAUGAUGACUCUACUGAUGAAGAAAGACACUUUAACGGAGGAGGCCACACAGUUUUAUAUUGCUGAGACUGUACUGGCUAUUGACUCCAUUCACCAGCUAGGCUUCAUCCACAGAGACAUCAAACCAGACAACCUGCUGUUGGACUCGAGAGGCCAUGUAAAGUUGUCUGAUUUUGGCUUAUGCACUGGUCUGAAGAAAGCUCACCGCACAGAGUUCUACAGAAACCUCAAUCAUAGCCUUCCCAGCGACUUCAGUAAGCAGACAAACAUCUCUUCUGCGUUCCAGAACAUGAACUCAAAGAGGAAAGCAGAAACAUGGAAGCGAAACAGGAGACAGUUGGCCUUCUCCACUGUUGGAACCCCUGACUACAUCGCCCCAGAAGUCUUUAUGCAAAAUGGGUAUAACAAGCUCUGUGAUUGGUGGAGUUUGGGUGUCAUUAUGUAUGAAAUGCUGAUAGGUUACCCUCCAUUUUGCUCUGAGACACCUCAGGAAACGUACAGGAAAGUGAUGAACUGGCGGGAAACUUUGACCUUUCCACCUGAGGUCCCAAUUUCAGAGAAGGCCAAGGAUAUGAUCCUCAGGUUCUGCUGUGAGAGUGAGCUCAGGAUUGGAGCUACUGGAGUGGAGGAGAUCAAGACUAACCCUUUCUUUGAGGGGGUGGACUAUGACCAUAUCAGAGAGAGACCAGCAGCUAUUCCAAUCGAGAUCAAAAGCAUUGACGACACCUCAAACUUUGACGAGUUCCCUGAAUCAGACAUCCUUCAGCCUACAGCCCCUCCUGUGUCCAACCACACCGAGGCAGAUCUGAAGAGUAAAGACUGGGUGUUCAUCAACUACACCUACAAGCGCUUUGAGGGGCUGACCGCACGAGGAGGCAUCCCAUCAUACAUGAAAACUGGGAAAAGAUAGGCCUCGAUGGGACUUGAUGCUGCGCUUUUGCAGUGGUUAUUUUUCUACAAGGAGACGUUCUCCAUCGCUCCUCUUCGCAUCUGAAGGAUCUUGCAUCAUCCGUUUCCUGUUUUGACUCAGUCGACCGUGAGUCAUUAAUGGAUGUGGACUCCACCCGCACUCAAUCCAUAGAAGGACAUGUUCAGAGUCAUACCUUAGGGCUUCUUUUCCUCUAACACCCUAAAUGUCCUCACUUCACCCUUUUCCUUUUUUCUUUCUAAAGGAUUUGAGGCAAUCGUCUUGUAAGUUGCCAGAUUUUGUACAUUUAGCAUUGGGGAUAUUUUAGUACACUGACACUGGUAAAAAAAAAAGGGCUUGAACGGAAGUUAGUUAGAUCUCCUGCAACCAUAAUUGAUUUGAAUUUGAACUGCGUUAGCAGUGGUGGAUCGUCGAUUAACCUUUUCAAAGAACUAGCAUUUGUGGUAAAAUCCCCGUCUCAGCCUUUUUCCGUGUCCACAUCUUUUAAUCGAGAUGGAUUUUUUUGAAAAUCUAUUCUUUUAAAGACAGUACUUUCCUCUCCUCCUUACACUCGCCAUCCAAGAUCUCAGUGACAAUGGCAAAACACGGGGCUUCAUAGUCGGAUCUGAAUGUGAUUUAUACGAACCCCAAAGCUGCAGAUGUUGCCUUGCACGCGGAUCCUUCUCUUAUACCAGCAGAAACAUCAUGAAUGCAUUUGCCAAUGAAACCAAAUUAUUCAUCAACUGCAUAUCAGGAAACUUCACCAGCUUAUGUCAAUAACCAAGCAAUCUCGAUGGACCAGCAUUUGUUUAUAUAAUGGGUAGUUUCAGCCACUGGCUGAUUCAGAAAUUGCGCGUUGGUAAUGCAAUUGUUUUUCUUAAUAAAGGGGCUCAUUGCUUAAGUUUGGGGAACAACGCCACAUUUCUUGCAUCUUGAGAAGAAUAGCAAAACUAUUCAGGGAUUUGAAUUUGAUCGAGUCUUCCUUUUUGUGGCGAUGAAAUGUUCAGUGCAAAAAAAAAAAAUGUUAUACUACCAAAGAGAUGCCACUUUUAAUCAUCUUUAUGGGCUUGAAUCUCUAUGUUGUUUGGUCAUGGAUGCUUUGGCUUUUAUACAGCAUUAAUUAGCAAGCUUAUACUUUGUCUUGAGCAGCUAGCAACUUAACUUGUAGCAAGAUAAUAAUUCCAUAUGGUUUUAGUCAGUCUGCAUUAUUGAAGCUGCUUGCAUCAGCAUGUUGCUAGUGAUGGCUGACUUUGUACAAAUCAAACAAGAGUGCAAGAAUGUGUGAAAUUCGCAGACGGUGAAUGACUGAAUUGUCUUUCUGUGACCAAAUUGAAUGUAUCUUAUAGAUUAAAAGAGCUCGAGAAUGACCUGAGAUUCACCUAAAUGCUUGAGCGAAUGAUUUGGUGACUAGAAUUUAUGCUGCACACAGCAUGACAAACGUUUUGUAUGUGGAAUUGCUUGUUGAUAGAUGUUGAGCUGAGCACAAUAUACUGCUAGAGUAAUAGCCUAAAUAACAUUACUGUAUCCCACAAUGCUACAAAUGAUAUGGAAAGUAGCAUGAAAUCAUGUUCGAAUGGUGCGUUUUUUAAUCCUUAGAGCAAUUUGUGACCGACUUUGGUCUGGAUGUGUAUUAUUAUUAUUAUUAUUAUUAUUAUUUUUUAAUAUAUAAUAAUUAUGGCUGGAGAUUUUUCAUGCUGUCUGAGGGUCGUUCGGUUGCAUGUUGUUUUUUUGACGUGUGUUGGACAAGUCAAUGAGCUAUGAAUGAGUUUGUGAAGCUUCAUGCUGCUUUAUUUGUUGCCCUUUUUCUAGUAUCAAGAAUAUGUAGGGGUGAUUUCAUGGUUAGUGCUUAUGAAUGAUUGCUUGAUGGAAUAAUACACUGUCUCUAAGAAGCAGAUCACAGGCUGGACUGCUUUGUAUCUCUUGUUGCUGUAUCUCACAUGCUGAAAACGAUCAUGAUCAUAAAGAGAGUGUCUGUUUUAAAUUCUCACUUGUUUUUCUGUAGCUUGCAUCCUUGUCCUAGAGUGAGGACUUUCUCUUUGAAUAAGAGAUUUUUCUCUUUUCUUGAAGAUAAACAAUGCACCUUUUGCUAGUUGUAAUGUCAUGUAUAUUUAAAGUACACACACACUUGUCAAGUUAUAUACACACUGAAUGACUCUUUGUAAGAGUUUGUAUUUCUUUCAGCAACUUUAUUCACACCUAACCAGAUGUAGACUAGUCUUAAGAUUGUUGGCGUCUAUAUUUACUUGCUUAGAGCUAAAGAAAUAAUUAAAACCAAUCUGUAUAAAGGAGUUUAUUCAAACUGGCGCUAGUGCUCACAAACUAUCCGGGCAGGAGAUCAUGGAUUUUUUUUGCUGUUUAUUCAGAUCAUAAAUGCGUAUCAAGUGCAAAGCUGAUCAAGGAGCGGCAUUCCUGCUUCUGAAGGGUUUGUGAACACAGCUCCUGGUUUCACUGAUGUCACAUUCUGCUGUGGGAGGUGGGCGUUUGUCCUCUCCCUGCCUUAAAUUUGAGUUGUAGAGUGUUUGUGGAUUUUUCCUACGCUCGCAGAGCACCUUUCACUGGUUUAUUUGUCUGAUAGAGUUUGUUUUUGAGGUGUGGGCACACUUUGACCUGUAAAACGUCCUGAAUAAAACACCAGUUCAUUUA